AUGGGGGGUCGCGGGGAGCGGGGCCCGGCCGGGAUGUGCCCCACGUCGGGGCCCAAAGGGCGGCGGGGGCCGAGGGGCCCGAGGGGGCCGAGCUGGAUCUGCCGUCGGGGAAGCCCCGCCCCCUCGGCCCCUCCCCGCAUCCUCAUUGGUCCUCUUCGCCGAGCUGAGCGCUGCGAUUGGCUGUCACGUUUGAUUGGCAGUCGGAGCCCCGCCCCUUUUCGCGUUUCGCCGCUGUCCGGCGGCGCGGUGCUGAACGCGUCACGGCGCCGUCGCGGCGGGCAGGGGGCGGGCGGUGCGACCCCCACGCUGCCGGUGCGGCCCCGACGGCGCUGA